UCCCGUGCCGGCCGAGCCAUGGCGGAGAUCCGCGUGUUCCCCCUCUCCUGCGCCGUGCAGAGCUACUCCUGGGGGAAGGUGGGGCUGGAGAGCGAGGUGGCCAAGCUGCUGGCCAGCAGCGACCCCCUGGUCCAGAUCCAGCCCAACCAGCCCUACGCAGAGCUCUGGAUGGGCACGCACCCCCGGGGCGACGCCAUCAUCCGGGAUAACCGCAUCCCCCAAAAGACCCUGGGCCAGUGGAUCGCCGACAACCCCGCCUGCCUGGGGGCGAAGGUGAAGGACACCUUCCAGGGUCGCCUGCCCUUCCUCUUCAAGGUGCUGUCGGUCAACACCGCCCUCUCCAUCCAGGCGCACCCCAACAAGGAGCUGGCGGCGAAGCUGCACGCCCAGUUCCCCGAGCACUACCCCGACGCCAACCACAAGCCCGAAAUGGCCAUCGCUCUCACCCCCUUCGAGGGCUUGUGCGGCUUUCGGCCGGUGGAGGAGAUCGUCGCCUUCCUCCAGAGCGUCCCCGAGCUGCGGGCGCUGAUCGGGGAGGUGGCGGCGGAGCAGCUGGAGCGCAGCGGGAGCGACGACCCCCGCGGCGUCUCGGCCGCCCUCCGCGUCUGCUUCACCCGCCUGAUGAAGAGCGAGAAGAAGUUCUUCGUCGACCAGCUGAACAUGCUGGUGAAGAGGAUCUCCCAGGAAGUGGCGGAAGGGAAGGACACGACGGGGAGCAACGGGGACCUGCUGCUGCGGCUGCACUCCCAGUAUCCGGGGGACAUCGGCUGCUUCACCAUUUAUUUCCUCAACCUGGUGAGGCUGGAGCCGGGGGAGGCCAUGUUCCUGGGAGCCAACGAGCCCCACGCCUACCUGCACGGAGACUGCGUGGAGUGCAUGGCAUGCUCGGAUAACACGGUGCGCGCCGGGCUCACCCCCAAAUUCAUCGACGUCCUCACCUUGUGCGAGAUGCUCAACUACACGCCGGCGCCCAGCAGCUCCAAGAUCUUCCCGGCUGCCCAGAGCCAGCUCGACCCCAGCAUCUACCUCUACGACCCGCCCGUGCCAGACUUUGCCAUCAUGAGGAUAGAGAUCCCCCCCUCCAUCAAGCUGUACCUCAUCUCUGCCGUGGACUCUGCCAGCAUCUUGCUGGUGAUCCAAGGGACAGCCAUGGGCACCUCCACAGCCGCAGCCUCCGAAAUGACUCUGCGUCGUGGCUCCGUGCUCUUCAUCUCCGCUAACGAGAGCAUCUCCCUCCACCUCUCCUCACCGGACGGGAUGCUGCUCUUCCGAGCCUGCUGCCUCCUCUGAGCGGGACCCGGGAUGCUUCCUCCCCAUCACUCCACAUUUGAGUAGAUAGAAACUGGCCUGGGCAAAGUCAUCUCGCUUGGAAGUUUCCCCUCCAUCUAUUAAACCCCCAAACCAGCCCGCACCCCACGUAUAGAAAGAGCAAUUCUACAAAUCGACUCCUUGGACGUGGUGCGGAGCAGAGCGGGCAGAGGAAGAGCAUCUCCCCUCGCAGCUCGUUAGCCACGUUCCCGUAGCGUCAUCCCCUCUGGGUGCUGCUAAUGCCAUACGGCGACUCCUUUUAUUAUUUUUUUUUUUUUCCCCCUUCCUUCUCGCCGAGAAGCAGCAGGGAGGCCUGAGCUCUGCACCCCAGGUCUCGAGCAUCUCUGCCUGGCUUCUAGGAGCUGCUGCUCCCUCCUGUGAAUGUGAUGCUGAGGUUUUCUGCUGCUCCUGGGUGCCUGGUGGGCUCUUCCCAAGGCUGGCCGGUGGCAGGCACUCCUCUGAGCCAUGUCACCCCUUCCCCGGCUGUAAAAGGGGGCUGCUUGGUGGGGUGACGGAGCUGGAGAGCCUCCGGUGCUGUGAAUAAAGUGGUGACUUUGUCCUCGG